AUGAUGGGCAGAGUAAAUCCACAGACGUGUAAUGCGCCAGCCGUGGCGCCUCUCGUCACGGGGCCCGCCGUGGGGCGUGGGGAGGGCGCUGCUGGGGGCGGUGUGGGUGGUGGGAUGGGCGGGGCUGUGCGCGUGGGUGGUGUGGUUCGCGCACACGCAGGCCGUCAAUCCGCGGGAGGAGGCGAUGCGCGGGUGGUGCCACUUGCGCGUGCUCUACCUCUAUCAGCGCCUGCUCUCGUUCGUCUCGCGCGUGCAGGAGACGUCAGCGCUGCUGCGCUCACCGCCCGCACUGAACUCGUCCGAAUGUCAGCGCUGCUGCGCGUGUUGAGCGGGUACGGGCCGCGCACGCAGCAGCACCAACCUGAUCUCUUGGGGCGUGAAGGGGU